GCACAGAUUCGCAGGUCUGAACCCUCCAUCAGUUUCCUGGUGCACGCUGCUCCCGAAAUCAGACAUAAAUUGUUCCCUCGCCAGAUUUACUGGAAAUACCUGUGCUGUGGCGACAGUAUCCUGCAGACAGCCGGCUUCACGGCGUAUGCAAAAUGAUGCAAAAGCACCUGCUACGGCUUGCAAACAUCACACUCGGACCCCCUUCAGCAGGAGCAGCGGACCGUGUUGUAGGUGGAGCCUGAGCGCGCAGUCCGGGUCUUUGCUCUCCGCGCCUGCUCGCGUCUGCGCUCGGCCCCCCUCGAUUCUGAUCGUCCGAUUACUUGCGGGCUAAAUGAGAGAGCGGGGUCUCCUGUUGAGGAAGUGACAUGAUCACAUAACGGCGCGUCCGACAAACACACACGCAGAGACACACUGCGGCCCGUCUCGUCGUUCGCCGGACCGCAAUGCCGCCACAGCGAGUGUUCGCCCUGCCGAGGCAGCAGUCCCUGCUCCUGCCGGCCGUCAUCAACCCGUUCGUCCAGGACACCAAGCUCCCCACAGCCGCUGUCAUCAAAUGCGUCCUCCUGGGGAUCUUCCUGGUGCCAGUCCGCGCCAUCCUCCUGUCCCUGGUGCUCAUGGUGACAUGGCCGGUGUCUGUCAUCAUAACCUUCAAGCAUCCUCUGAAAGGAGCCGUAGAGCCAAUGACAGGCUGGAGACGGUUCAUGUGUCGCAGAGUGAUGGCCGCCCUGGGGAGAGCGUACUACUUCUGCAUGGGCUUCAGAGUGGUGGUCAAGGGCAAGCAGGUCGGCAGCGGCGAGGCCCCCAUCCUGGCCGUGGCGCCCCACUCCACCUUCUUUGACGGGAUCGUGUGCAUUGUUGCAGGCCUGCCCUCCACCGUCUCCCGCGUCGAGAACCUGGCUACGCCCAUCUUUGGCAGGUUUGUGCGCUGUCUCCAGCCAGUGUUGGUGUCCAGACAGGAUCCGGACUCCAGGAAGAACACGAUCCAAGAGAUUGACAGCAGAGCCAAGUCAGGCGGCCACUGGCCACAGGUCCUGAUAUUUCCAGAGGGAACGUGCACAAAUCGUUCAUGUCUCAUCACGUUCAAACAAGGUGCCUUCAUCCCAGGGGUCCCUGUGCAGCCCGUGAUCAUGAGAUAUCCCAACAAACUGGACACGGUGACCUGGACUUGGCAGGGCUUCAGCUCGAGGACGCUGCUGCUGCUGACUCUGAGCCAGCUGUACACCACAGUAGAGAUAGAGUUCUUGCCGCCACAUAUCCCCACAGAGGAGGAGAAGAAAACCCCGGCUCUGUUUGCCAGCAGAGUGCGAGCAAGCAUGGCCAAUGCUUUGGGAGUUCCAGUGACAGACCACACGUAUGAGGACUGCCGCCUGAUGAUCUCAGCCGGCGAGCUGACGCUGCCGAUGGAGGCCGGCCUGGUUGAGUUCACCAAAAUUAGCCGCAAACUCAAUCUGAAGUGGGACAAUUUGAGGAAGGAGCUGGAGGGCUUCGCAGCCAUGGCCAGCUCAUGUAAAGGAGGACGCAUCACCAUCCAGGAGUUUGCCAGUUUCCUGAAGCUACCCAUCAACCCAGCCCUCGAGGAGCUGUUUGCACUGUUUGACAGAAACGGAGAUGGCACCAUAGACUUCAGAGAGUACGUCAUCGGUGUGACCAUCCUGUGUCGACCAGCCAACACCGAAGAAGUUCUACGAAUGGCUUUCCAGCUGUUUGAUUCAGAUGAGGAUGAGAGAAUCACCCGAGAGGAGUUCACCGCUCUGCUGCGCUCGGCUCUUGGUGUGUCCGAUCUGAACAUGGCCAAGCUCUUCAAGGAGAUCGAUGCUGACGGCUCUGGUUUCAUCACCUUCAGUGAAUUUCAAGCCUUUGCCACGACCCACCCGGAAUACGCCAAGCUCUUCACCACAUACCUGGAGCUUCAGAGAUAUCAAGCAAUCCAGGAGGCGAUGCCGGGCGAUCUGGAAUUGGCCGGUCCGAGCUGUUCAGGGGAUAAACAGGAAGAAAGCACCUCUGACAAAAAAGACGACUGAGUACCAGGAUGACCGUGAACUCUCUCUUCGAGAGACAGAGCACUGAAACCACUGCACUGAGAAGGAAAAACAACAAAAAAAAGUGUCAUCUGCCCUCCAACGACUUUUUUUUUAAGCAAAUUCCAGUCAUUUGCCACAGCAGAGCCAUAUUGUAGGUUAUGUGCUUGCCUUUUUUAUAGAUGGUUUUAAGAGUGCUUCUAUUUUCAAUUUUAGUGCCUUAUAGAGAUUUUGAAGAACCACUUCCCCCCCAAAGCCACUGCACAAGAAACAUCUUCCUCUAUUCCUAAAGGUGUGUGUGCACGCAGGUGUGUGUGUGUGCAUGUGUGCAAAAACAAAUGAAAAGCUGGUCAAAGGAUGAAAAAUAUGUUCAAAACUGACCAGAAAAUGUUGUAAUUGUCUAACCCCUGCAAUCUCUAGAGUUCUAAUGUUUGUGUUUUAUGACGUACCUUUUCCAGAUUGUAAACUGCCUCUCGACAUGGAUACAUACUCCUCUGUAUAGCCUGAGUUUACCCUUGCUUGGACUUAGAUGAACGCAGCUUUGUGAACUCCCAACUCCCCCCUUUUGUCUUUGUGGUCCUUUGUAAAUGAGUGAAAAAAAAAAAAAAAAUUGCCAAACCAACACCUUUUUUAAACAUAAGCAAAGAGUCCUCGUGCUUCUGUGUUGCAGUAUAAUUAGUGUACAGUAAGCUUUAUUAAGAUCCUUCCAAUCUGGCAACCCCGCAGAUGUUCUGUAUUAAAGCAAUGUCUACCAAGAGCAUACAUGCUGUGCAUCACACUUUUUUUUUUUCCAGCGCUCAGGGACACAGACCUUGUAAGACGGCUGUAUAAUUAGCCAGAGGUUUGCUUUGCAUGUGUAUCCAUUUGCAUUUCUACUGAAGAUUGUUGUUGCUGAGACAGCAGCGUGUUCACGCAGCUUUAAGUUGACUAAAGCACAUCAACCACUGAAAAUAGGGCAAUUUGUGAGCAAAAAGGACAACAGUGCUUCUUCACAACAGCAUAUUCCAGCGGGGUAUGCUUACUGAUUAACUAGCAGCACUGUUAUUUAUUUAGCAAGGUGCAUUGCAAUUAUGUGAUUUCUUUCUUUUUUUUUUCUGUUGUUGUUGUUGUUGUUACCACUGCAGCGUUUGCUUUUUAAAAUAAAACAAGAACACGAUUGUAA